CCAAAAUUAGAAACCAAAUCAUCAUGAACAGAGCAACUGGAAUAUUGAGCAUAUUACUGCUGACAUGGGCACAAGCACAAGCUGAAACCCUUAGCACCACUGAAACUUACUCGGAAACGGAAACAGAGACCACUGAAUAUGAACCAAUUAGUAUGGUCGUGAAUCAGCUUUCCAAUAUGGCAGUGGAUGUCAGUGACAGGACGUCCACACAGCUGCAGGCGAAUAUUGAACAGGCAUUGGCCAAUGUGAUGGACAAUGUUGAAGCAGUGACCACCAAUGCCAUGGCAGACAUAAGCAUUGCCAUCGAUGACACAAAUCAUUUGCUAUUGGGCAAUCCCAGCUGCAAUCCUGCCUGGAAUAUGCAGGAGUUCACACUGAAUGUGACGGAACAGUUGGGUGCCUGCACAUUAAAGCUAUCGAAUACGAUUGAGACCUAUCGCCGUGAUGGCCAGCAAGUGUUGGCCAAUGUGCAGAGCUUUGUUCAGCAGAUGGCUCAGCUUCCGAUGCUCUGCUCGAGUCAACUAAUGGGCGCUGCAUUGGCCCCACUGGGUGCAAACUAUGGUGAUAACAAUAAUUGCUUUUUGCGUGGCAUGACCACAAUUAAUCAAGGACUCGCUCAAGCAAUGCAUUCGGGCUCCUUGCUGCUGGUGAAUACACGUCGCCUGCCGCAGGACCAAAUGGCUGAGGCACAGCGAUGCAGCGAUGCUGUUGCCGCCAAAGUCAUUGAGUACCUCAGUGUUCAGCGCGCCAAUUGCAGCUAAACAAAGAAAAUGUUGUUGAUGGUGAUGUACACAAAUUUAUGAAUAUAUAAUAAAAACGGCAAUUUAUGCACCCAAAGGA